CGCGUGUCUUGCUUUAUGCUGCUGGUUAAGUUUCUUCACAGAGUGGAGCGAUUUGAUGGUAAAUUCCCUUGUACCCAGCGGCCGAGAUCAAAGAAUAUAUCGCUGAAAAUGAAAGAAACGAUGAUUAAGCUCAUUUCACUCUUAGUGGUUUUUUCAAGAGUAUCAUCAGCAGAGAUAUGCGAUUCUCCCCUCAGCAUUUUAAUCCCAGACAGUCAAUGGAGUGCCUCUUCUACAAUAAACCACACCUUAUUCGGUGCUUAUCACGGACGAAUGAACAAUUCUCCGGAAACUGUAGGCUGGUGUUCGUCAACUGCUAAAGAAGAAAAAGCAUUUAUAGAGGUUGACUUGGGUAGGAACAUGCUCGUCAGUGCCCUGUCUACUGUAGGAGUGUUGGUGAAAAACGACUCUACUGGGAACUCUACAUUCAUGUACGUGUCACAGUAUUUCCUAGCCUAUAAACGUGAUGGAGACUUGAAUUGGAGGCGGUACCAUAGAAACGAUGUAUCUGUCACACUAAUUAAAAUCAAUGACUCCAGAGUCCACAAACACCACCUACUGACCCCGCGGAUCGCCCGCCGUGUUCGGCUUGUGUUGGACCAAGGAAUUGGAGACAGAUGGUGCCUGAAGAUGGAAAUACAUGGCUGUUCUUGGACUAAACAUGAUGGCUUGGUUUCGUACCGCAUCUCCCAGGGAAAUAUCCGACAGAAUCUACCCGGAUGGAAUUCUUUACGAGAUAACGGCUACGAUGGUACGAGGCUCGCUUUUGGGAAGAAGAUAGGCGUACUUUACCGGGGACUGGGUCAGUUAACAGACGGAGUGAUUGGUCGUAAUGCUAAAUGGAAUGACACUGGUAACCCAAUCUGGAUUGACUGGAUUGGCUGGCAAGAUUCCAAAACCUCUGACCCAACUGUCACAUUUGAAUUCUCAUCCUUAAGAAAGUUCUCUAGCAUCCGUUUUCACGUGCUUAAUCUUCCGAGUCACCAUGAAAAGAUGCUCUUCAGCAAAGUUGUGCUUUCGUUCUCUCGAGAUGGCGAGUAUUUUGCUUGGAAGACCAUAUAUGAACCGAGUAUGGCUAAAAGAUCAACACUGAGAAACAAAGCUGUUUGGAUUGAGGUUAACCUAGAUGGAAACAUUGGAAAACAUGUCACAUGCGAAUUUGUUUAUUACGGAUGGUGGGUGUUGAUCAGUGAAGUGGAAUUCAAAUCAGAAGUAUCCAUCGAUCAUAUUCCUGAACAAAACAUUGUGCCUGUAAUAACAACAACAGCCAACACUGUCGACAACGGAAUCAAUACGACAGACAAGACUGUAGUGGAGGAGUCGAGUUUUGAUGAGCCUUCGGACGACUCUCGGGACACCGUGUUGAUAGGCUGCUUGGCUGCUGCAGGAGUAAUAGGAGUAUUGCUAUUGUGUGUCCUCGCCGUGCUGAUGUGGAGGCGAAGAAGUCGACGCACGCGAGCCGCUGAACAGGAUUUAAACAGCAGAGCAAUCAGAAUCAUCAACCCCGGCAAGAAAAACUCACUAAACAGAAGGAACGAUCCUGGUGCGCAGGAAAUUCGCUUUGAGAGACUAAAGAUGCUGGGGAAGGGAAUGGACGAAGACGAAGAUGAUGAAGUGGAGGAAAUGGACUUAAUGUUGGAGAAAUGUAAUUUGAAUAACGCCAGGCUACUGAUGGGUGACCAAGAUACCUCAAGGAAUCUCCGUCCUCAAUCCAGGGAAAUUUCCCUGGAGGAAGAAAAGGCUGAAGUUCUUGCAGAAAUGAGGAAAGUUAGCGAAAGUAGCGAUGAAUGAAUGCAGAAUCAACAGUAUUCUGAGGAAUUGUCAAGUACGAUGAUGGCUAUUUAUGUUAAUUGAAGCAAAUACUGAAUUAUUUAGAUGUAGCUGUUAGAGAUGUUAACUUUGCUAAAAUGUUUCUUGUUGCCCUUGUUACCAUAACUUACUUUUCUAUUGCGCCUAUUCCAUAUUCUUUAUGUGCAGAGAUACUCCACAAUAUCUGUAUUUUAAUCACCUUAUCAGAAGCCACACUAGCUAAAUACUAACAGAAAGUAGAGUUUGCAUUCAAAACGAGUUUUAAUUGAGCUUCCAACAUAAUGUACAAUGAAAAAUUAGAUGCCUGAAACUUUAGGACUUCAAUAAGUUUUCCAUUAUUUUGACUCCGGUUUGUUUACGAACGAGUUUUCGUUUUGAUGUCAAGGGUCCCAGUCUCCAAGCGGUGACCUGAUUCUAAUCACGGCCGUUGGUGUGAAGCAACGGAAUCAUACGGAACCGCUCUGUCAAUGCCCCUUGGGCUGUUACACAAAGUUUGCUUAUUUCUAUUUCCCGAAACUUUAGCACAGUGCCGCUAAAUGUUUCAUUAUUCACAACACAAAAAGUUACAACUGAUAUUAAAUAUUUAUUGGAUUUCUCAUUCCUACCUUGUAAAGAGCACCGGUUUACCUACUAACUUCUUUGGAAUCUUGACACCGAAACAUACUCUUGAAAUUCAGUUAAACUUAACCUAAAUGUUUCCAAGUUAUCCAAAUGGUCUUAUUUCCAUUACAAAAAAAUACAGUAAUAUUAACUAAGCAUUGCGACUUAGAGUAAUUAGUUUGCUUCGAUUACAACAUUAAAACUAAGGUGUAUCCUUAUAUGAUUCUAAAAUCGUUGUACAUAAAUGCGUCAAAAUAAGUUGUUUGUAGGAUUACAAACAUGAGGUAGUAUUAUUUCUUCUCCUUGUACAGUACGUAGGGGUUUUGAUAAUUAAAG